AUGAAUGCACCGGUUGAAAUUUGGAACAUGUCCCAACUUAGGCAUGUCAAUUUCCAUGUUUAUGGCUGGCACAUCGGUAGAGGAUUGCAUCUCCCAGAUCCUCCGAGUGACAAGAUUGUGAUCAUGGAGAAUCUACAAACCCUCAAAGGAGUAAGGAAUUUCAAAUGUGAUGAGAUGAUGGUUCGUAGGAUUCCCAAUAUCAGGAAAUUGGGACUAUCUUAUCCUGGUGGUGAUGAGGAUAUUGAGUAUGGUGAUGACUAUUGUCUCCACAACAUCGAACGUCUGCAAAAGCUUGAAUCUCUCAGCUGCGAAGGCUAUGGUAGGAGUGCUUUGUUGCAAAAGCUUACCUUUCCACACUCUCUUAAGAGUCUGACUCUUUCGAUGUAUAUAAAUAGAAUGGAAGACAUAUUGGAAAAGGCAAGUGCAUUACCCCUUCUUCAAAAGCUCAAGUUGAAGGGUGGAUAUUUCACAACAGGCAAAUGGGAAACAGUGGAAGGCCAGUUCCCCAGUCUCAAAUAUUUGGAACUUGGCUUGUGUAAAGGCUUGGAAUGGUGGAUGACGGAGAGCUCUCACUUUCCAUGCCUCGAGCACCUUAGGCUUUACGAAGUAUCUUUGAUGGAGUUCCCUGCAGAACUUGGUGAAAUUCCGACACUGAAAUCCGUGAGAAUGCAUCAUUGCAGUGAAGAAUCAGUGAUAAGUGCAAAGAGAAUGGUCGAGGAACAAGAGGAUUUACAAGGAGAAGAAGAAUUAUCUUUUAAUGUUUCCGUUAUCCUCAAAAAGCACUGCGGUGAGAACGGUUUUCUGAUAACCUUAGCAAAUCGCAACUUUACAGUUGAAAUAGAUCGUUACUAG